CCCUCCCCCUCCCCGCCGCCCUCGCUCUCCCCCGGGCGGCCGGAGACGGCGGCGGCGUCUGCGGGAAGCCGUGUGUCUCCGCAGUGACGUGGGCGGGCCGAGGGCUCGGUGACGUCAGAGGGCUGUGUGUAGCGAUGUGUGUGGGGUUCGGAGCGGCGCCGGCACAGCCGAAGGGAGCGGGCCAGCGGCGACGGCGGCGGCGGGCACAGAUUAAUUAAAAGAAGAGUGAACUGUAAUCCCUGAAGAUAACUGGGCAAUUUUUCAUUAAGUAUUUUAUUAUUAUUAUAGAAGUGCAAGUGGAGUCAGAGGUUCUUACUGGUGUGGAGAUUUAUACAACUGUUCAGUUUGUCGGCACAGACCAACAGACCAUUUUUAAUGGAGAUACUUCCCCUCUCCUUUUUUGGUGUUCUUGGUGGCAAAGACUAAAUUUGAUUACAUCAGUUUGACUUGUCUGGGUUUUAUGAUACAGUAAUGGCGUAAACUUCCCCACAUGCUUUGCUUUAAAACAACCAACCAUUGCAUUGAAUCUGGACGGGAACUUAGAAUUCAAGAAAACAAGUGUCCUCAGAAACGUGCUAAUGAUUAUAUUUUGUAUUAGAAGCAAAAUGAGGGAUUUUAUAGCAUUUGCAGUGAAAUUAUGCUAGAGUGUAAGCAGAACCAAACAAAGUUGCAAAAUCUGUUGAGCAACUUAAGAGAAUUUCUCUUUGGAAGGUAAAAUUUUCUAUAAGUUAUAAAUAUUCAUAUACCCUUCUCUCUUCACAUAAGCAACUUAAAAAUGCAAAUUUCAGACAUAAUUAUUUAAUACAAUAGUGUAGCAAUGGAAAACCUACAGAUGAAUUUCUCCAUGGUUCCGGGCUCAAAUAAAAAACUGAAUGAGAUGGGAGAUGAUGGCAGCCCUCCAGUGAAAAAAAUGAUGACAGACAUUCAUGCAAAUGGAAAAGUGGUAAACAAGGUGCCAACUGUAAAGAAGGAACACUUGGAUGACUAUGGAGAAGUACCAAUGGAAACUGAUGGAGAUCAUGCCAAGCGAAACUGCACUACCGUGCCUGAACCUUUAAACUUAAAUCCCAGUUUGAAACACACAUUGGCACAAUUCCAUUUAAGUAGUCAGAGCUCUUUGGGUGGACCAGCAGCAUUUUCCGCUCGGUAUUCCCAGGAAAGCAUGUCACCUACUGUAUUUCUGCCUCUUCCAUCUCCUCAGGUUCUUCCUGGUCCACUGCUCAUCCCUUCUGAUAGCUCCACAGAGCUAACCCAGACUGUUUUGGAAGGGGAGUCUAUUUCUUGUUUUCAAGUUGGAGGAGAAAAGAGACUCUGUUUGCCCCAAGUCUUAAAUUCUGUUCUCCGAGAAUUUUCACUUCAGCAGAUAAAUACAGUGUGUGAUGAGUUAUACAUAUAUUGUUCAAGGUGUACUUCAGAUCAGCUUCAUAUCUUAAAGGUCCUGGGAAUACUUCCCUUCAAUGCCCCAUCCUGUGGGCUGAUCACAUUAACUGAUGCACAAAGACUAUGUAAUGCUUUAUUGAGGCCACGAACUUUUCCUCAAAAUGGUAGCGUACUUCCUGCUAAAAACUCAUUGGCCCAGUUAAAGGAAACUGGCAGUGCCUUUGAAGUGGAGCAUGAAUGCUUGGGCAAAUGUCAGGGUCUUUUUGCACCUCAGUUUUAUGUUCAGCCUGAUGCUCCAUGUAUUCAGUGUCUAGAGUGCUGUGGAAUGUUUGCACCCCAGACUUUCGUGAUGCAUUCGCACAGAUCACCUGACAAAAGGACUUGCCACUGGGGCUUUGAAUCAGCCAAAUGGCAUUGUUACCUUCAUGUGAACCAAAAAUACUUAGGGACACCUGAGGAGAAGAAACUGAAGAUAAUUUUAGAAGAAAUGAAGGAGAAGUUUAGUAUGAGGAAUGGAAAGAGAACUCAAUCCAAGGCAGAUGCAGCAUCAGGAAUGGAAUUACAGUCGUGGUAUCCUGUUAUAAAACAGGAAGGUGACCAUGUUUCUCAGACACAUUCAUUUUUACACCCCAGCUACUACCUAUACAUGUGUGAUAAAGUGGUUGCCCCAAAUGUGUCACUUACUUCUGCUGUAUCCCAGUCUAAAGAGGGCACAAAGACAGAGGCAAGUAAGUCCCUAUCAAAAAAGUCAGAAAAGCCUCAUGGUAGUAGUAAACAUCAAAAAACAGUGUCUUAUCCAGAUGUCUCACUUGAGGAACAGGAGAAAAUGGAUUUAAAAACGAGUAGAGAAUUAUAUAGCCAUUUAGAUCCAUCAAUCUCAAAUAAUUCUACAAACAAAAAGAAACCCGAGCCCACUAUUUGCAACUUAGUAAGAGAUACAAGCAAGCAUGAUGCUGCAGCUUCAUCUCCUCUUGUCAAAGAUGUUACUUGUGAAGAUGAUAAGGGAAAAAUCAUGGAAGAAGUAAUGAGAACUUAUGUAAAACAACAGGAAAAGCUGAACUUGAUUUUGCAAAAGAAGCAACAACUUCAGAUGGAAGUGGAAAUGUUGAGUAGUUCAAAAGCCAUGAAGGAACUCACUGAAGAACAGCAAAAUUUGCAGAAAGAGCUUGAAUCUUUGCAGAAUGAACAUGCUCAAAGAAUGGAAGAAUUUUAUGUUGAGCAGAAAGACUUAGAGAAAAAGUUGGAGCAGGUUAUGAAGCAAAAAUGUACCUGUGACUCAAAUUUAGAAAAAGACAAAGAGGCUGAAUAUGCAGCACAGUUGGCAGAACUGAGACAGAGAUUGGACCAUGCUGAGGCUGAUCGGCAAGAGCUCCAAGAUGAACUCAGACAGGAACGGGAAGCAAGACAGAAGUUAGAGAUGAUGAUAAAGGAACUAAAGUUGCAAAUAUUGAAAUCAUCAAAGACUGCUAAAGAAUAGAAACCGUUAGAUUCAUCUGUGUAUUACUGACAGGAUUUUUUGUUUGUGGCUUGCUUUGCUAAUUGAAUUCUGAACAUGUUAUGUGCAUGAAAAUAACUAGGCAUUUUGUUCAUUUGUAGUCAGAAAGAGUGAAGAGAUUAUAUAUUAGUACAUAAAUUUUUACAUUUUCAAAUGAAUGAAAACAUGUUUCUUUGUAUUUUUUUUCAGUCAGCUUGGUAACAAUACUGUAUGGUUUCGACUAGUAAAUAAUUACCUAUAUUUCUAAUGCAAACUUAAAAAUCAUAUACUUUUUGAAAGCUUCAUUAUGUGAUGGAAAGUAGCUGGGUCAAUUUAGUUAUUCAUAUUUCAAACGCAAUUUUAGAUUCAACGGUGGCAUCAUGAUUCAGAUACAUAGUAUGGAGUUACUCUGUUUUUCUCAUCAACAGUCUCCUAAAUUGAAACGGUACACUUACUAUUACACAUCAAAUUUGCUUUUACUUUGUUCAGAUUGUGCAGUGAAUUUCCACCAGUUUUCUUUUUCAUGCCUCCUAAGAGGAGUUUCACUGAUGAAAUUAUGGCACACCCAUGGACACAAUAGGGAAGGCUAGCAUGCUUUGUUAUGAUCCGCUGCUAAGCACAAGAAGCAGUCACAAUUUGUCUUUCAGGUUAAGUGUGGUUAGAUUUAGAAGGUUGAGGGUUUUUCUGUUUGUUUUUGUAAUGACUUCAGAAAAACAAAAUUCUGAAUUUUUGUUAAUAGUGGUAUGAAAACAUUAAUGUUUUUGAGAAAAACUGAUUCCAUUGAUGUAUAUUGAUUUCUAUACAAUCCAUAAUCCUGUACAGUUUUUAUAUGUAGUCUUAUAUGGGUCUCACUGAAAUUUAUAUAAUGGAUUUGUUUUCCUUUAAAUUACAAAACAUUAAACACCCUUGAAGGUUAUUUGGGACUUUUGUAUGUUUAAAUGUUGUCUUACCAAAAUUUGC